AUGCGGUUCACAAAAGCAGUGGCGAAGGAGGUAAUAAGGUUCCGACCUCCGGGGACUCUGAUCCCACACAUUACUGUAGGGGACUUCCAGUUAACAGAAAACUACACGAUUCCCAAGGGCACUAUUGUUUUUCCAUCGGUUCUUGAGAGUUCGCUUCAGGGAUUUGUUGAACCGCACCGGUUUGACCCGGACCGGUUCAUGGAGGAGAGGCAGGAAGAUCGGGUUUAUAAGAAGAAUUAUUUGAUGUUCGGAAUUGGGGCCCACCAGUGUCUGGGACAGAGUUAUGCCAUCAACCACUUGGUGCUCUUCAUCGCCAUUUUUACCUCGUUGAUUAAUUUCAAGAGGCACCGGACGGACGGUUGUGAUGAUCUUAUGAAGUAA